AUGGACCGCUCGGUACAGGAGCUGUGCCUCAACUUCAUCAUCGUCUUAAUCACUGUGUUCCUGAUGUGGCUGCUGGUGAAAGCUUACCAGGACUGA